AUGAGGCGUGAAGAGCUGGCCAUGACCAUGGAAGAGAGCCGCGGGCAGGACGACGCGGUGGCGGCGCAGGGCGGCCUGAGUCCGGAGCUGGCGCCGGUGCCUCCCGGCCGCCUGGGGGCGCCAUACUCCGAGGCCUGGGGGUACUUCCAUCUGGCCCCGGCGCUCCCCGGGCGCCCAUCGGGCCACUGGGCCACCUGCCGCCGGGCGCCAUACUCCGAGGCCUGGGGGCCUGGGGGUACUUCCAUCUGGCCCCGGCGCUCCCCGGGCGCCCAUCGGGCCACUGGGCCACCUGCCGCCGGGCGCCAUACUCCGAGGCCUGGGGGUACUUCCAUCUGGCCCCGGCGCUCCCCGGGCGCCCAUCGGGCCACUGGGCCACCUGCCGCCGGGCGCCAUACUCCGAGGCCUGGGGGUACUUCCAUCUGGCCCCGGCGCUCCCCGGGCGCCCAUCGGGCCACUGGGCCACCUGCCGCCGGGCGCCAUACUCCGAGGCCUGGGGGUACUUCCAUCUGGCCCCGGCGCUCCCCGGGCGCCCAUCGGGCCACUGGGCCACCUGCCGCCGGGCGCCAUACUCCGAGGCCUGGGGGUACUUCCAUCUGGCCCCGGCGCUCCCCGGGCGCCCAUCGGGCCACUGGGCCACCUGCCGCCGAGGCGCUGCAGGCGCGGCUGCGAGAGGUGAGCCGCCGCGAGGGCGCCCUGGCCUGGGCCGCCGCCGCACCGCCGCCUCUCAAAGAGGACCCCGAGGGGGACGGCAGCGGCUGCGUUAUCACGAAGGUCCUCCUGUAGUGUUGGCCACUUCCACUCCAUGCCCGCGCUCCUCCAAGUGUGGGCCGCGGCCGGUGCCUUCAGCCUCCCCGAGGGGCAGGAUCCAGGCCCGCGGACCCCCGACUGACUCGGGGGCUCCAAAUGCCGGGUCUUCCACGCCAUGCUACUGCUUACGUUUGAGAAGCGCUUCGGGAGCCGGAGCAGAACCAAAAAUCAUUUCCUCAGUGGGGUCACAUGGGAUGCUGGGAGCCGAAGCCCCUGUGGCCUCCCGUGCUGUUGGCAUUUCGUGGGCCUGCGUGCAGGGCAGUGCGCACGCGGGAAACCUGAGAGCUGAGCAGCACCGGGAAUCCAUAUCGCCCGGUGCCGUGGCCAGUGGGGCUGAGAACCCUGUACCUGGUGAUCCUGAAAGGACAGAAGCUUCUUUACACACUAAAGACUUAAAACACCAUGUGCCUUAAAACAACCAAGGUGGUUGGUGCAUGGAAGUGAGAAAGGUUUUCACCCAGAAAAGUUUUACACGUUUCCUAAAGCCUACUCUUUGCUCAGCACCAAGUUCUGAAAGGGAGACCUGUAGUUUCCACUACUGCUCUUUUUACUCUCAUCACCUCAAGAGCCACGUCAGGGCAGCCCCAGAGGGCCCCUUUUUUAUCCCCCCCACAAGAUGCCCAACCAAUACCAGACGCACCCUGUCUCACCUCAGCCAUCUUCUUUCCCCUGGUUCAGACCCAGUGGCAGAUGUGGCUCUGAUGUGGCAGGGGUUUCCCUCCUUUCCUGCCACACAUUCCUGCCACCUUGGUGGCAAGACAUGACUUCAUCCCGUUGUUGCUAGGAAGAGCGGUUCCUAACGCACAUGUCUUCACAGUCCUCACUCCUAGGUCAAAGGAGAAAGAUUCCCUCCCCCGCCCACCACCACAUCUUACUGUCGUGUUUUUCUGUCAUUCCUCUUCCACGUUUAUGGGUCUCUGCUCCAUUAGUAUUCCUCCUCCGUCUGUCGCCCUCCCUUUCCCCAGGCUCUUCUUCCUCAGCAGUGCCCAGGACUUUCAACCCAGAAGGGUCAAGUAGUCCUUGCUGCCUAUACUUCCUCCUCCUCUCUUACUCCUUCACUCCUGGUCAGCUUUCUAUGCUACAUUCGAAGCCACCACUAUCUUGGAAUGACCAAAUGUGAUGAUUUCAUUUUUCUUAAUGUGUUCUUUCUGGAAAUACCUCCUUUGGUAGAUGGAACUUGCUUUUCCCCCCAAGAACUCCUUUUCCUGAUGUAUACCGCUUCCCAUUUUUUCCUCAGGCCUUUUUUUCUUUUUUUAAUUUAUUAUUAUUAUUUUUUUUAUUUUGAAAAAUCCCAAGCAUGCAGAAAAAGUUGCAAGGCUAGUACAACGAAUACCCAUAUACAUACCCUCCACCUAGACUGAACAAUUGUUAACAUUUUGCCAUAUUUACUUUUCCCGCUCUGUACCCCGUGUAUGUGUGUAUAAUGACAUUUCACCCCUAAGUGAAUCAGCAUGUAUCUCCUAAGAAUGAAAACCUUGUUCUACAUGAUUACAAUGAUCAUACCUAAGAAUAUAAAUAACUUUCUUAUAGCCUCUAAUACGUUGUCCUUAAUCAAAAUUCCCCAAUUGUCUCAAGAAUGUCUUUUCUUUUUUUUCUUUUUUCAAACAGGUCCAAUCAAUGUUCAAACAUUACUUUUGGUUAUAACUCUUUAGUGUCUUUUAAUCUAGUACAUCCCCCCUUAGAUUUUUUUCCAUGAUGUUUACUUUUUGAAGCGUCCAGGCCAGCUGUCUUAUACAAUGUCCUAUGUUCUGGACUUGUCUGCUUGUUUACUUGGACCAGUUUCCACACUCCACUCUGACUAAUCUCUCAGUAGACUUACAAUAAUCUCUUCUGUGCCAGCGACUCCUAUCUCCAGCCUUCCUGGCUCUGGUCUUUCAUGCCCAAUCCCCUGCUGUGUGUCUCUACCCCUACUUGCAUCUCCUGCCACUACAAAUGGAAAGGGCAUUCACAUGGAAAGAUCUAUUCAACUCCACAUUCCACCCCUCACCUGAUAACUAAUAUUUACUGGGUAUUUAAAAUGUAUCAGGUAUGCACUACACACUACAUGUAAUAUCUCACUUUAUUCUCACAGCAGCUCCAUGGAGAGGUACUGAUACGAUGGCCAUUUUACAGCUAAGGAAACUGAGGUAAAGGGAUUAAGUAGCUUGCACAGGAUCACAGCUGGUAUAUAGUAGCGGUGGAAUCCAAAUGCAGUCACAGUUGACUCCCAGACGCCAUGUUCCUAGCUACUGCACUGCUCUUCUGAGAGCUCUGCUUCCCUGCUAGUUAUGGAAGCUGACACCUGUUUCCUUCCUAGCUCCCAAUUUAUUAGUGGAAUUAACUGGAAUUGAUAUUGAGCAUUCACCAAGUGUCAGAGCUAUGCUAUAAGGCUUUACAAAAAUAAUUACCUGCCAGGCAGCUAGCCCGGUGACAUAGGUGCUAUUGUGCCCAUUUUGUAGAUGAGGAGGAGACAGGCUCAGGGGAGUUCAGUAAAGUCUUCACAGCCUCACAGCUGCAAAGAGGCAAAGUGGUAUCUGAACUUCAGUCUCACUGAAUUCUAGGCACCUGCUCUACUAAGUCUGUCUCUACAAAAUAUGGUACCUGCCUUCCUUCUGAUGCCACCUGCCAAGCCCAGACCCCAUUUACCAUUCAUCUGGUAUUCAUCUUCCCAUUCUUGUCUUCCCCUAUUUCUCCUGACCUGACACAACUUGGCCAAAGCCAAAGAAAUGUCCUAAACCAAUGCUGACUAAUUAUAUCACUUUUCCUGCUGAAAAGCCCCCAAGGUCACACAUUACCUACUUACUAUAGUCCAGGCUCUACCUUGUGGCCUGACAUUCAAGUUGCCCUCCCCACUCCCCAGAUGCCAGUCUUAUCUGUCCCCUCUCCUAUGUAUUCUGUAUGCUCCAGCCAAACUGGAGUCUGUUCUUCCUAACAUGCCCUGGUCUUGGCCCCUCUAUGCCUCAGUUCACUGUCCCUCGACUUAAAAAACUUCUUCAAUCUGAGUAUGAAAAAGCCCACCCACUUUCUAAGACCACAGAGCUUUCCUUGAUUUCUCCUCAUUUAGAGGCAUUUCCUUACCUCUCUGGACUCUCCUAGCAUUUUGUAUCUCACAGCCCUCAAAGCAGGCCAUCUAGCAUGGCUAUGUAGGGUUUUGUUUUACCUCCCCUGUCAGACCUGAGCCCCUGGGGGUCGUUGACUCUUCCUACUCCCACAGUGCCUUGCAUAUAAUAGCUGCUCAAUAAAUAUCUGAGGCAUUGAACUAA